CGUUGCUGUAUUUUUUGCAGAAUUAAUAUAAAAAGAUACACAAGCAGCGAAUGUAUUAAUGGACAAGAAAGCACAAAGAGUUAUUUUUGAGGCAAAAUCUAAGGCUAGACCAGAACUAAAAGGAGAGGAAGGUUGGCAAAGACUUCGUUAUGCUGAAAAUUUUGAUGUAUCAUUGAGUUCUGUGAAUGAUAAUGUUCCUAGAGUAAACUGUAAAGAAAUUUCCCAUCAAGAAUUUAUUGACCGUUAUGAAAAACCAAGAAUACCUGUCGUUUUAACUGGUGCGACGGAUCACUGGUUAGCCAAUCAGAAAUGGACGUUACCUCGUCUAGCAAAGAAAUAUCGAAACCAGAAAUUUAAAGUAGGGGAAGAUAACGAAGGAUUCUCUGUUAAGAUGAAGAUGAAGUAUUAUAUUGAGUAUUUGAAAACCCAGCAAGACGAUAGUCCCUUGUAUGUGUUUGAUGGAUCAUAUGGAGAGCACCCAAAAAAACGCAAGUUACUGGAAGAUUAUGAUCCACCAUCAUUCUUUGCAGAUGAUUUAUUUCGAUACGCUGGUGAAAAAAGGAGACCGCCUCAUCGAUGGGUAGUGAUAGGUCCUGCUCGUUCUGGUACCGGAAUACAUAUCGACCCACUUGGUACGAGCGCCUGGAACGCACUGAUAUCUGGACACAAACGUUGGGUGAUGUUGCCGACGGAAACUCCAAAGCAUAUGAUUCAAGUUCCGAAAGGAGAAGGACAGCAUCAGUCUGGUGAAGGGAUACAGUGGUUUGCCAAAGUGGCCCCGAAAGUUAAAAGCCCGUCCUGGCCGAAAGAAUACAAACCGUUAGAAAUACUUCAAAAGCCUGGUGAAACUGUCUUUGUUCCUGGUGGUUGGUGGCACGUGGUGUUAAAUUUAGAUACGACAAUUGCUGUAACACAGAACUUUUCUUCUCCAACUAACUUUCCUAUAGUCUGGCAUAAAACAGUCAGAGGUCGUCCAAAGUUAUCGCAAAAAUGGCUUAAAGCAUUACGGAUUCGUCGUCCAGAAAUAGCAGCCAUAGCAGACUCGGUCGAUUUUAAUCGCUCCAGCGGUAUCGCAUCCGAUUCAAGUUCAAGUUCGUCCAGUAGUAGUAGUUCCUCGUCAUCAUCGGAAUCCGAUUCCGAGUCGGAAGAAUCGGUGCCAGACUCAACUAGUGUUACGGAAGACGAAGAGGAACGUUGCAACGAGCAUGACAAGCGAUCAAAAAGGCGAAGGAUUAACGAAGAUGUGUGAUGGGUUAUAUCCGUGACAAAAGAAACGAUUAAAAUGCUUCCUGCAUUUCGACUAAGAACAGAGUAUGAACGUUUGGUUUGAUGACGUCAGACAAUACUAAUACUGAUAAAGAUUAAAAAGGAUAAACUGUUGCGAAUGAACAGUAACAUUAAAACACGUUUACUUGCGCUAUUGUAGUUUUUACGAAGAUUCAAUAAACAAACCUAAUGAUUUCAA